GCACAUGCAUAUUUUUGCAUGGUGAUCAGGGUCAGAGGACUAGAAAGCAAGAGGAAAUAUGAACUCAAAUGAAACCAUAUUCAAGACACGUAAAAUGUGCUAGCACAUUUGCAGAAGCCUAGAUUAUUAAAUAACAUCCCCAUGUGAUAGGUAGAAACUGUCUGUUAACAAUCAGAUGUACAAAUAGGAAGGGAGGGAGUAGUUUCUGGCAUCAAGGUCAGGGAAAUAGGAACUAUUAGCUAGAGGAAUUCUUAGCCCUGCUGGUCUCAGAAUAGUUAACCUUAUUUUGACUGCACCCCUUAGUAUCUCGCUACCUUCAGGCGCAGGCUGAGGUGUGAGCAGGCUCAGAUUAGUGUGAUCACAUCAGGGGUUAAUGUUUCCAGUUCUGUGAUUUGUUGCUGGCUUGAAGUUCUCCCAUUUGGUCCAGAAAAGUUCCUCUGGUUGGCAAAUGGGAGAAUGCUCCAGGGCUGGUCUCAGUGGGGGAACUGUAACCCCCAGUACUUGCAAGUUAGCAAAAGAGCUGUAAUCUUCAUUUUCACUUGCACCCCUAGGGAUUGUUUUUCCUGCCUAAGAAGGGUGAAGAAGGAAGCAGGGAGCAUGUUGGGAUAUGUUCAGAGCCACUUCAAGUGUCCAUCGCAACAGUUCCCAGCCUGGAUCUUUUCUUUAGCUGUUUAUUCCAGCAGAGCUGAGUUUCCUGCCUCAACAAUGCAGGAAGUCCAAGCCUUUCCCCAGAAAAGCUUACAGGGGAAAUGUCAGCUUCCAACUUAGUAAGUCUCAGAUAUUUUCUUAGAAAAUACCCCAAGGAAUCCAAAUUAAAGGACAUAGUGCUCAAGGGAGGAAAGCCUAGGGAUUUUGGAAAAUGUCUGAGAUGCUGGGCGGAGUCAUCAUCAUUUCCUGUUAUAGCUAUCCUGGAGAAGCAGCCAGUUCCUCACCCCAAGGCAGCUGGGAAUUGGGCAGGACUGGCCACUUAGUCCAAGGAGUCCCAGAUGGCCCCAGCCUGUCAGUGAUGUAAUAUACACUUCAUUUGUUUAUCCAUAGCCUUCAGAGCAAGCGAGAGAGGAAAACAAGCAAAUGGAAACAUUGCAGAAAGCAGCUAGCUGUACUUGGCUUCCUAGUUUUUUCCUGAGCUGAGGAUGGAAAUAAUCUGGAUAACUGCAGGCUAUAACUGCAGCUUUGAGUGUGAACACUCUUUUGUGACAGGGCAUACAUUUGUCUGUGGAUUUUUGGACCACAGCACUGUAGUCUGUUAAUAUUGUGUACUGGGGCAAAAAAGCCCCUGAGGGAUACAGCGUGGUAGAGGAAAACAGAAUGGUCUUUUGCUCAUUUAUUUGUCCUAACCUCAUAAACUUUCUCUGGAGGGAAGAUCAAUGGUGUUGUACCCCAACCCUUUUCUAGGGUCAGUGGGUGACAGCUCCAUGGGGGAGGGAGGCUGCUGGUGUGUGGAAUUCUGUCUCUCUUAUAUUGAAGAAUAAGAGGCCAUAAGUGUGAAAGAACACUUCAAACUGAGACCAUGAGUGUGACCUCUUAUUCUUGGGUCUUCCCACCACAUCUUCCCUUUCUUAGGGCAUUUCAGGGACUGCCUGUAUAGUAUUAUAGCAAUUUGGGUGUGUGCCUUAUAGGCCACAAGCUUGCUAAAGGAGGGAACAAUUUUGUGUCUCUAGAGUGUCCAGCAUAAUUGCUUGUGAUUUGGAAAUGCUCAAUUGAUGUUUGCUGAAUGAAUAGGUGAGGCAGGUGGAAUACAGAGAAAUAUAGUGAUCCCAUGGUGAAUAGUGGAAGAAGGAAGUGAGGGAUAGGUACAAGGGAGGAGGAGGGAAUGUGAAAAAGAUUCCCUGCUUGCUUUUGCCCUUCACCUGUAGGAAUUGUUGCAGCAGACUCAGAAGAAAUGGAAACACUUUGAAAGACAGAGACCUUUUGCCUUUAUUUGCCACUAAUCCCCUUUCAUUCAACAAGGACCAAAGCUUGGAUCAAUGGAGGGACAGCCUAUGUCUUUUUGAACCCUAGUCUAUCUGAGAUGCUGCAGAGAAAACUGAUUCUGUACUUGUUGGAACAAGCUUGACAUGUGGAUAUUCAUCAGAAUGCUUAGGAAGGAAGCACUUGAACUGAAGUCCCUCUGUUCUGACUCACUGCAUCCGGGGCAAAAUCUUGCUCUUUGUAUUCAUUUCUCCAGAGCUCAAGGUCAGAGCUGGCACAGCAAAGACUCAAAUCUGGGCUGUUCCUGAGCUUCAAAUUGGCAUCACUGCCCUGGAUGGCUCCUGAGACCAUACUGGUAACAAGGCAGGACAGAAAUUCUCUGAGGCAAAGAGCAGCACAAUUGCUUACAUGGUUUAAAUUAUUUAGUUGCAUCAAAUAUUCAGAUUUGUGAGAACAACAGCAACUCUGUUUAAAAGCUCCAAGCAUGUGAUAGAUGAACUCAGUGUUUCUUUGUUGCUUUCAGGAUCCAGCCUCCACCCCAGGAAUCUCCUAAGAGUUAUUCAGGCUCCACUGGGUCAGGCUCCAACUCUUGGGAUGAGCUAAACUACAAGUGUCAUCCCAUGCCAGUGAUAUUUGACAAAGGCUCUUCAUGAAGCAGCUAGGAGAUUAAAAGAGAAGUAGAUGAGAGAAGCACAAAGGAAAUUUGAACAAGGAGAAGCUGGAUGCCCUGGGCUCUGAUAUCCAUAUCUGGAUUCCAGCUGGGACCUGGAUUUGCUAGGGACAGCAGCCGGGAAGACUGGACCAUGUGGCUACCUUCAGCUCUACUUUUUCUCUGCCUCCCAGGCUGCUUGUCUCUGACGGGACCUGGCUACGUGACUGGCAUUGAGGGGACCACUCUGCGUGUGCAGUGUCAGUAUGCUGAGGGAUACAAAGGGUAUAAGAAAUACUGGUGCCGGGGAGAGUAUGACAUAGAAUGUAAAAGUAUUGUAGAGACCGAAGGAGGAGACGCAGUAAAGCGGAAUGGCCGUGUGUCCAUCAGAGACUAUGAAAAUGACCUCACCCUGACAGUGACCAUAGAGGAUCUGCAACAGUAUGAUGCUGGAACCUACUGGUGUAAAAUUCAGACGUCGUGGAUUUUUGAUUCAUGGUCACGUGACCCUUUGGAGCAGGUGAAGGUAUACGUUAUCCAAGCAACAACUACCACCCGGAUUCCACUCACAACUCCUGCCUUGCCACUGGUGAUCACCAGGCAGAACAUCCGCACCGAGGUGUCAACCCUCUAUCCACGGUCUCUGCUCAGCAGUCUCCAUUUUCUGCUCCUGGUCUUCCUGAAGCUGCCCCUGUUUCUGAGCAUGCUUGGUGCUGUCUUCUGGGUGAACAGGCCUCAGAGGACUGCUGGGGAAAGAGUCAGCCUGUCCAGGAGCCCUGCGGUGCACCGCCCUAGGAGAGCCCUGUGCCCGGAUGCAGCCCUUCAGACUGGACUUGAUAAAUCUUUGGUGCUGGAGCGCCUGGCAGGGAGGCAGCGGUGACUGAGUUUUGGAGGGGCUUAUUGUUUCUGUGCCUUAAAAGGAGGUCCUGGGUCCUAGAAGACACUCCUUUGGUAUCCUCAGCAUGGAAAGGGAAUAAGACUUCCUGGUCCAGGCUUGGGGGUCAUCUCUCCUCCCUGGGCUCCCUGACUGUCUCCAUCAUGCCCACUCUGCUAGGGAAAAAAUAAUCUCUCAAAAAUAAAAAAUAAUCAUGUACUCACAA